AUGGUACGUAACGUCACUGAUGAAAUUAACAGACGCCUGAAUCGCAUACAUAAAGAAGAGCUAUAUCAGAAAAUAAUGGAACGUUUAAAAAACGCUCGAUUUGAUACGAGUACCAAACGCCAGUUGGUGCAUGAUGGAGAAGCAUGGAAAGUUAAUGGCAGUAAGAGGAAAAAGAAAUAUCUUAUUCUGUUCUCCGACUGUCUGUUGAUAACGAAAAGUGAUGCUGACUCCGAAGAGCCUAUAAGCCAAUUUUUAGUAUGGAAUCUGUCAGAUAUUGAUGUCUUCGAAGAUGACCAUUUGGAAAGAGAAGAUCAGUUCAAAAUACAAAAUAAUGAUUCUUCUCAAGUCCUAACUUUUGCAGUCAGCUCAAAGACGGAAAGGGAUAAAUGGGUUGAAAAAAUAAACGACGCAGUUAGCGGGGCAUGUCGCAAUCCUCAAUUUGAUAUGGAUAGAGAACCCAGCUCUGAUUAUGAGAGCGGCAGCAUGGCAACCACAUCUUCCGACUUACACUCACCAGAUAAACCACAACUGUUGCUAGUACCAGAGAAAACUACAAUGUGCAUGAUGGAAGGGUGCGGUACAAAGUUUGGUAUAAGACACAAAAAACUCCAAUGCAAAAAAUGCAAUUGGAUAAUGUGUGAAAACUGUGCUGGAAGAGCUCCAUACAAGUGCAAAAAAAGUGGAGAAUAUAAAAUCGGCAAAGUGUGCGCGGAGUGCUACGAAACUAUAUGUGAUCUCUUUAAUCGUGGACAGCUUCUUUCACAAUCAAGGGUAGUUCAGUAUGAGGACAAAGACAAAAGCACACGCGUUAAAACGAUGGUAAAUAUUGAAGGAAAGGAUUAUGAGCUGAGAGACAUAUUCGAAGAUCCACCAAACGGCAUCCGUCCAAAAAAGGUCAUCCAUCAGAAUGUCCAUCAGAUUGUUUCAGGAACUGUCGUAAUCAGUCUAGUUAAUGCUGAAACCUUAGUAUUUGUUGGCUGGAAAGGACCAUAUGCACCUGUCGUCGUCAACCCAACCAACCUUUUUCUUUUCAAUCUGCUACGGACACUGCUGUACGCAGCACCAGAGGAACGAUGCAUCAAAAACUUACAAGUUUCUGAACGUGUAUCGCUGAAUGCCGAGAAAAAAGAAGAAAAGCCAAUUCUUGGAAACGCAAAAGCGAACAAAAUUAAGCCUGAAAUUUUAAAAGCGAGCAGAUUAGGGAUUGAAAAGACUAAGUGGGGCUGUUUGAAGAAAGAUUUCAUGACGGAUCCGUGGGUACUGUCACUGUACAACUCUGAAAUGGCAAGUUUUAAACACUGUUCAUAUGGUCAAGACAACAAAUCUUAUAACGACUACACACUUGAAGGAUUCCGAUUCUCAUCCACUCCAGCUAAAGACGACGGCAUCGUGUUCAAAUUGACAAAAGAAGAUGAAGUUUUUUCUUUCCAAGUUAUUCAUCCAAAGACAGCGGAAAGAUUCCAAGAAAUCUUCGAGGAGUGCAUGGAAGAGGAACCUGACUCGAAAUAA